AUGAAGUUAAGAUGUGCGAUAUUAUUGGUUCCUUUUCUAUAUUUAGCCACAGCUCAGGGAUGUAAAUACAUCCGGUACGAAACUCCAGCCGAAGCCGAACGUCGAGCUAUAUUCGAACGAUGUUUGGUAAGCUGUAGUGAAUCAUCUCAAGAUCCGAACCCAUGCCAUAAUUGUAUGGUACCAUACAAAGCAUAUGGAUGCCUUUUAAAAAAGGAAGAGCAAAUGAAUCAACUCGCUGCUCUUCUUCUUCUUGUUAUCCAGUUGGUGGCAUUGUCCUUAGCUCAGUAUGGUUAUGGAUAUGAUAGUUAUGGAGACCCUGAACCAGGGUAUGAUGCAAGUGCAAUAAUGGGUAGAAUUGAAGGAGCUCUGAUGGGUGCUGUAGACGGUAUUUUCAUGGGCUAA